UGCGUGCGCGGUGUGUUUACGUCCGCGGCCGGCGGCUGCGUGUGUUCCCUGGCCGGCGUCCAGGUAUCCGGCCCGGGGCGCGCGCGGUGUACCUCGGGGCGGGGCGCGCGUGCGUGUGCCCCUGGUGCCAGCGGGCGUGCCUGUGUGUGUCCAUGGUGUCCAUGCGUGUGUACCUAGGAGAGGGCGUGCCCCAGGGCGUCCACAGGACCGAGGCAGAAUGAAGACAGCGAAGGCGGCGGCCGGGUCCGUGAUCGCACCGGGUCCAGGGAUUCUUCCCCGCCUCCCACUCUUUCCUGCCAACCAGGGCUGCCCCUCCCACCGCUCUCCGUGGGGUUUCCCAGGGCCGCAGCCAUGUGACCCACAGCCUGUGCCUACAGACCCAGGGUGGGGCGCGGUUGGCCAGACCUCACCCAGCUGGGCUGGGCACCUCUCACCUGGCACCCUGCUGGGUCCCUGAACUAAGGUGUGCUGGAGCCCGGGGUCUCAUCCCCAGAUUUCCCGGCUCCCUGGGGAGGGUGGACCCUUAAGACCUCACUCACCCCCGGGGCUGCUCAUCCCCUGUCCCAGGGGAACAGACAGGCCUGGGGGGAGAGGAGGGUCCCAGGCGAGCAUUCUGGGUGGUGGAGGAUAGGCAGGGCUGGUUUCUGCCCUCCUGGUAGUGCACAGGUGGGACCACCCAGUCGGGGCGAAUGGACGGACAGCCGGGCCGCAGAAGCCGGUCAGCAGCCAGCGGCAGAGCCAGGGCUGUCAGCUGGGGCCCGGCAGGGUCAGCAGGCGGAGUGUGAAGGGUGGGCACUGACCUGGCCCCUUUCCCUGUAAGCUGCAGAAAGCACGCGUUUGGCCCGGUGGCAGCUGCUGAGGGUUCUGGGCGCUCACCUGGCUCCCUCUCUCCCCACGCACAGGCUGCAGAACCGGGGGCGGGGGGCAGCUAAGGUUGCCAGGGCGAGGGUCGUCUGUCGUCUGUCAGCUUUGAGCCUUUGGGGCUUUGCGCCCGUGGCUGGGACCCUCGGUGUCCCCGUGUGCAACCCCCAGAGUGGCAGAGGGCAGGUAGGAAGGGGACGUUAAGGCCGCCUCUGUGCACAGCCUCUUUCCCGGGGGCACACGAGAGAAGGCAAAGCCCACAGUUCCGGGCCAGCAGGAUGCGGGGCCGGGAGCCAAAGCCGGGCAGGGAACAUCCCCAAAUAGGGCCGCGGGUCACGGGCUGAGGGGAAGUGGCGCUGACUCAGUCGCAGAUGGAAAGUUAGCACUGGGAGCUGCAGCCGCUCAGACGCACCCCAGGUCCACGGGGCCGAGGACAGCGUGGGCUGCCCCAGUGCCAACACUCUUAGCCUCGCCUUGCCAAUGGACCAGGCGCUGGGGGAAGUCCUUGUGGUUUGAAAGUAGGGACGGGGCUCUGACUUAGCCAAGGCAAUCAGGGAGGCGUCCCUGAGGAGGUGACCAGCGAGCGAUGGGUGGUGAUUGUCCGAGGAGCCCUUGGCGUGAGGGGCUGUGAUCCCCGUGGACCCUCGGCGCCCGUCACGCCACAGCUAUUGGAUGUUUGCAGACGCAGUGCGUGAGCACUGGGUCCAUGUUCCCGAAGAGCUCCGCGCCCUGAGGGGGGAAAGGGCCUGGCGUCUUGACGCUGUCCCCCAAAGGGAGUGGGGCUGGGGGCUUCACACACGCACGCACACGCACGCACGCACGCACGCACAUGCACACGCACACACAUACACACGCACGCACAUGCAUGCGCACACGCGCACGCACACAUGCACACGCGCGCGCACGCGGACACAUGCAUGCACACACACGCACACACGCUGCCAUGUGUCUGGGGAACACGUACACAGGAUGUAUGCCCAUUCAUUCAGCUGAUGUUAGCCUGAGAUCCUGGGAGCAGGCGGAGAGCCUGGCCUGUAUGGGCUGGAGCGGGGGGCAGCCGGGCAGCGGUGUGGGUCUGUGUCAGUCCUCCUGACAGCUCCCGAGGAGGACAGGGCGUGGAGGUGGAGGCGGCUGUGGUCCUGGGCCAUCCGAAAGGAGAAGUGGUCUCUGGCUGUGCAAGCACAGAAGGGGCUAGGAGUUUGUGUUGUCACGCCCCCGCCUCCAGGAAUCCUGCACUGAUUUCCUUACCCUCCUCCGAGGCCUUCCUCCGCUGGUGGUCUUGGUGCUCCGAGGAUACCACCAGCUUGGAGGCCAUGACUGUGGGAACGGGACCUCAGGCUGAGGGGCGGUCGGCAUGCCGGGGAGGGGAGGCCGGGAUGUGAGUGGGGGGCAGAGCCCGGGCUGGAGCCCCCCGCCGUCACUUCCCUGCUGUGCUUGGUUCCCCCUGCCCUGCUCCCCUUCCAGCAGGGAGGAGUGCCCCCAGCGCCAGCUGCCAAGACCCAGGAAAACACAUUUUUUCCCUGUGUCCUCACAGCGCGCAAGCGGAAUGGCUCGGCAGCCAGGAGGAGCCGUGCCAGUGGGUGGGCCGUCUCCAGGCUGUCUCUGGGGUGGGCCCGGGGGCCGGGGCCGGGGCUGCGCGCGAGAGCCGCUGGCUGCUGAUUGGGCGAGGCCUCUGUCAAUCCCCAAGAGAAAGCUCACUCCCCAGGCCUCCAAAGAAGGUUAGGAACCUGCAGACCCUGGGAGGGGUUCUGCCAGCCUCCGAGGGAAGAGAAGAGGCCAGGAAGGGAGGCCCUGAGAGAGCGCUGGCCGGGGUGGGAGCAGGCCCCGGGGCGCCAGUCCCCCACUGCCACCCGCAGCCACCCGGCCGAGGCCGGCUCUGCUGCUGUGCAAGCCCCAGGCCGGCAGGGCCGGAAGCCCCAGGCUCCUGGGCUCCCAGCACAGCGCGGCAGCCUGUGGGACUUUCCCUCUGUGACUUUCCCUCCGUGACAUCCCCUGGGCACGGGGGCCUGCGGGAGCCGACGGGCUGGAGGGGAGUGCGGAGGACUUCCUGGGGUCCGUGUCCCAGCCAGCCCCAGCAGCGAGAGGGGCAGGCAGGGCUGUGUUGAGAAGGACUCAGAGGCUCUGUGUCACUUCCUGGGAGUACGUGUGGGCUUGAUGAGCCAUGAGUGGGCAGGGGCGGGGGAGAGGGGUGUGGUGGGCGAGCCAGCCGCUCGCGGCUCCCGAGCGUGUGGCCCCUGCCAGUGUCUCCGUGCUGUGCCCAUCAUCAGGGAUCACCCCAUCAUCAGGGGUCCCCUCGCGGCCGGCCCCUCUGUGCAGCCGGAUGCGGGUGUCCUGGCAGGCCCCGCCCAAAGCCUGGCCCCUCGAAGCCCGGCAGUGGGCACCAGGGUGGCCUCCGUCCUGAACCUCACACUGAACCCCGUCCUGAACUCCACCCCGUGCUGGCUGUGUGGCCCAGGGGGCUGCCAGGCAUCAAGUCACAGUCGUCAGAGGAGCCGGCACUCAGUCCAGGCCUCACAGGUGCCCAUGGGACUUCAGGUCUCCAGCCCCGAGGGCACCGGCUGCCAACAUGUCUGUGGAUCCCUUAUCCAGCAAAGCCCUGAAGAUCAAGCGCGAGCUGAGCGAGAACACGCCGCACCUGUCGGACGAGGCGCUGAUGGGGCUGUCGGUGCGCGAGCUGAACCGGAACCUGCGCGGGCUCUCGGCCGAGGAGGUGACGCGGCUCAAGCAGCGGCGCCGCACGCUCAAGAACCGCGGCUACGCCGCCAGCUGCCGCGUGAAGCGCGUGUGCCAGAAGGAGGAGCUGCAGAAGCAGAAGUCGGAGCUGGAGCGCGAGGUGGACAAGCUGGCGCGCGAGAACGCCGCCAUGCGCCUGGAGCUCGACGCGCUGCGCGGCAAGUGCGAGGCGCUGCAGGGCUUCGCGCGCUCCGUGGCCGCCGCGCGCGGGCCCGCCGCGCUCGUGGCGCCCGCCAGCGUCAUCACCAUCGUCAAGUCCGCGCCGGCCCUCGGCCCCGGCCCGGCCCCCGGCCCCGGCCCCGCCUCCUGCUCCUCCUAGUGCCCGCCCCGUCCCCCGCCCGAGCCGCGCCCCCAGCCCCAUCCCAUCGCCCCUCCCGAAGUGCCUAAGCGAGGUCUCUGCCCCAGGGCCCCCUUGCUCUGCAGCCACUUGCCCCUGUGGCGAACCCACAGUUCCUCCCGGGCCGCGUCUUCCUCUUGCAGCCCCCGAAACUGGGACCCAGUGCCUUGGGGAGGGGCAACUUCGGUCGGUCGUGGGGGCGGGGCUCCGGCCGUCUCCGUGGGACCGUGGGAGUUGCCCCUCCUCAUGCUGGGAGGAAUGGGACACGGCGGCCCCGAGAAGGGGGCACCCCUUAUUGGGUAGCUGCUCCGAUUGUGCCAAUAUGCGCCCUUGACACCAGGUCUGGCCCUGUCCCUGACGUGGGGCUGUCCUGCUGAGACGCUGCCCGGAAGACCCCCCUCCUGCUCCCACCUCCGCCUUGGGUUGUGGGGGUGUCUGGCCUUCCAAAGCCUGGUCAUUGGAUACGACCUUUGAAGCCCGGUGACUCACGGGGACGGUGCCUGGGGCCACAUUCAGUGAGUGAGUGAGCUGGAACCAAACACCAGUUCCCACUCUGCUGCAGGGUUCCAGCCACGGUUUCCACGGGACGGUGGACAGGGACUUGGAGAGGUGGCGGAGGGCUGCCCUGGUCUGGGAGCCAGCUCUCUGCAAGGGACAGGAGGAGAAGCAAAGGGACCAAGAAAGUGAUACAGACGGAAGAGAGGGAGGGAACUGGCCUGGCCACCCUGGGCUCUCCCUGCAGCCAGGGUGCUCUGGAGCUGGCCAAAGAGAAGGGACGAGGGAAGUGACCGUGUGGCAGGUGGAGGUGAGGAGGCAGAGCCUGUGGUCCUGCUGCCUGGUGUGAGUCCCUGGGUCCGUCCCUGCCCGCUAUGGGGUGGGGCGACCAGUGCACGGAUGGCCUUUUUCCUGCCCCCCCCCCACUGUAUACACCUGCCCCCCACUGGUUAUUUAUUGCACGAAUCUAAGUUAUUCUCCCCAGCCAGAGCCCAAACUCCCACUCCUGGGGAAAGUGGCACAUGGCCCUGAGCUGGGAUUUAUAUUUUAUACCUGCAAAUAAAUCACAAUAUUUUAUCUUAUAUUUAGGGAAAGCUGGAUGGCAACAACACACACACAAAAGUAUUUAAAAAAAAAAAAGCCACCCUUGCCCGGCCCCCAGACGUUAUUUAUUUUCUGACUUACAGUGAGCGCGUUAUCCGCAUUCUGUAUUUUGUAGACUUCCUGAAUAAAGUCCUUUUUCCACAGA